GCGAGAAAAUUUUUCUCUGGUGACAAAGAGAGACUAACUGAAAAUCCGCUGAAAAAUACUAUUUUAAAUUAAAGUAAUAAUAUUUGAUCAAAUAAAAUAGAAAAUCUGUGGUAACCAUAAAUUCUCAGAAAUUACUCUAUUUUCGGUUUAUCGCCAAAUUAUUUUAUUGGCUUCUUUAUAUUUCGUAACUAUAAUUUGAUUUUGUUUAUUUUCAGAAAUACUUACUUAAACUAAUUUCUUUUUUCUGGAAACGUAAGCAAGAUUCUGCGAUAUUCGCCGUUCAAAAGUUUUUUUUUUUUUUAAUUUAAUGAAAUUUAUUCAUUAAUAUUUAAAUAAGUCGGUUCCACGAAGCAGCCUCAAGUUGAAUCCGUAAGUUUUAAUUUGAUGAUGUUUUGGAAUUUUUGGCCGAGCGAUAAGAUUUUAUCUUUUGAAUUGAAUAAAUUUAUUGUGAAUUAAAAAUAUUUUAGAAACCUGAAUUUUCAAUUAUUUCCAAAGCCCGAAGUUUUGCGAUCGUAAUAUAUUCCAUUAAUAAACUUUUAUUUCUUUAUUAAAUCAAUCCUUUUUUUGUGUGUGUUAUUUCUUGUAUAACGAGAUUGUGUAUUAAAAAUUGGAUUUUUUUUAAAAAUUUAAUAAAUUAAUUUUCCCUACAAAUCGCAGAUUAGGGAAGAAAACGAGUCACCGAGUUGAACCCGGUGUACAUCGGCGAGUCAAAUGACAGCAAGCGAAGCCAUUAAUGGUGGUGAUGAAGGGCUGGCUUCAUCGCCGAGCGGUAGGGUGAAGUUUCUGUGCAGCUAUGGCGGGAAAAUAUUGCCAAGGCUAGGUGAACCCAACCUCAAAUACGUUGGAGGAGAGACUCGCGUGGUAGUGGUCCCUCGGGAUAUCUCAUUUUCAGAAUUAAUGAAGAAGCUCAAUGCUAUGGUUGAAGGGGACGUGAUUCUGAAAUACCAGGUUAUCCCUGAGGAACUUGAUGCCUUGGUGACUGUAAGAUCCGAUGAGGAUCUCAAACACAUGGUUGAUGAGUAUCAUCGUCUUGAAACUGAAGGAAGUCCGAAACUACGUGCUUUCUUGUUCCCUUCGAGUCCGGUCGUAGUUGAGAACCAAAUGACCCCUGUUGACCACUACGCCAUUGAGCAGCGGUAUAUAGAAGCCGUCAAUGGCAUGGUUCGUCCAAGUUCAAACACUUGUGGAAGGCGCACCCCUGCCACUGCCAACUGCCCCAACUUCAGCACCUCUGCUUGCUCUUCCCCAGCUUCUCCUAAAGAUGGCAAAAUUAUAGAUUCUUUGCCUCUGGAACCAUCAUUGUUGAAUGGACGCCAUCAGAAUAGACCCACCUUACCUAAAGUCCGGAGUUCUCCUAGCCUUUACAGCCUCAACACCCUCCAUCCCCAAAGCAACAACAACCAGCCACAUCAUUAUUACCAACAUCACCAGCAACUACAGGCCCACAGCGUUCAACCUCCAAGACCACCGCAAGAUUUCCGGACUGAAAAGCCACCAGGGCCACACGACUUUUGGAGGGGCCCUGUGGGGCACGGUCAUGUUCCACUAAACCGUAGCUACUCAAUAGGCAGGCAUAACUUUGGGAAUUGAUGCAGCAGGUGUGGUUGCUGCUAUGAGUGCUUGGUUUAUGCAAGUGGAGGGUUUACUAGGAGAGGUAGCCUUACAACAAGUGAAAGGCUUGAUAAGCCAGAUGGUCCCA